UUCUACACAGAAAACCCUCGCACGUUCUUGUAAAUCCCUAAAUCGAGAAGAAAUCGCAGGGAUCCUUGACGAUAAGCGUUAAUGGCAAACGCGGAUGCAGAGGCAGUUGAUUUCGAGCCAGAGGAGGAUGAUCUCAUGGACGAGGACGUCGGGGAUGGCUCCCCCGGUCGAAGUGCCCCUCGGCUGAGGUCAGCCAUCACUGGUGGUGGCUCGUCGACCGCUCCGAAGAAGACGAAGGGGCGAGGGUUCCGAGAUGAGGCGGCUGCUGAAGACGACCGCAAGGCUCGCAUGUCGGCCCGCUUCGAUACUCUCGACUCAGAAGGAGGGGGCCCUGGUCCAGAAAGAUCUAUUGAAGGAUGGAUUAUUCUUGUCGCUGGAGUUCAUGAAGAGGCCCAAGAGGAGGACCUGCUAAAUGCAUUUGGUGAAUUUGGAGAAAUGAAGAAUUUACACCUGAAUCUUGACCGUAGGACGGGCUAUGUGAAGGGCUAUGCACUAAUUGAGUAUGAGAAGUAUGAAGAAGCACAGCGAGCUAUAAGGGAGACAAAUGGAACUGAACUGCUUACCCAGAUCAUAAAUGUUGAUUGGGCAUUCAGCAAGGGUCCAUUCAGAAGGAGGAACAUGAGGAGAAGAUCGCCGCGCGGGCAUCGUUCCAGGAGUCCGAGGAGGGGAUUACGGGGGUAGCAUGCCAUGAGUUGGUGUGGAUUUCGUAUUUGGUUUUAGAGUGAAGACAUGACUCUGCAUCGAUUUCGUAUUAUUGACAUUUGUAUGAUUUUUGUUUUUUCUGGGAGUUUGUUGUGUGUUCUCAUCCAUAGAUGUUUUCAUCAAGUAUUAUUAUUAUAUCACUUGGAUGGUGUUUAUUUGUAGUCUACAGUUUUAAGCUGAAUACUCUGCAGACCUACCUUUUAAUACUGUGUGUGACAUAUUUUGCAAAAAGUUGUGUUUAUAUAGGAUUUUUGCAAGA